AUGGGGGUGAACGUGACCUUCGACAUUGUCACAGCCAGCAUCUGCGUUGCUCUCAUUCUCGUCCGGUGUAGCUAUCGCCUCUUUUCGCGAUGUAGGAUCCAUGAAUCGUGCCAUCGGACAUGGCACGCCGACGAUGCUUACAUGGCCUUCGCCAUUGUACCUCUGGUCGGCCGCACCACCUGUAUCGCCCUUUCCUUCAUUCUCAACCCAACGCAUACCUACAAAAACCCAACACCUGAGGAUGCGGCUGCAAACAACCUUACCGUCGCGCAGCUUGGGGAGAACUAUAUCAUCUCACACAAACUGCUCAUCCCGUCACGGAUAUUCUACGCUUUAUUCUUAUGGUCCCUGAAGUUGUGCUUACUGAACUUUUACUCCCGCUUCGUCGACGUUUUCCACUGGGGCAAAGUCGCUACCACAGCACUUUGGUGGUUCAUUGUUGUUACCUUUUUUAUUGUUUUGAUACCCACUGUAGCGGAAUGUCGGCCAUUAUCUUUAAUGUGGUUACCAGAUCCAACCGGCCAGAAUACCUGCCACCGAGCUGUCGGGAACCUUGUUACUAUGGCCGUGUUCAACAUUAUUACCGACAUCGCGCUUAUUAUAUUCCCUUUCCCUAUUCUCCGUCAUGUCAAACUUGAUGGCAAAAUAAAGGUCCAACUCAUACUUCUUUUCAGCAUUGCAGGCCUUGUUGUUGUUAUUACCAUCAUGCGACUGCCCAUGAUACUGAACCAGUCAGUGUCGCAGAGGUCUCGCUCUAUGUGGGCAUCUAUUGAGAUACUUUGCGCUUGUAUUGUUGCAAACACGGCGUUCUUCUACGCCCUUUUGAAAGAUUACCAACGAGGCCACAACUCCCGAACGACCGGCUCGAGUUACGCACAGCAGCCUGAUUAUUACAUGCAGACAAUCCCUUCGCCCGAAAUGAGGCGGGAUUCGGAGCCGUCCCCACAACUGGACGUGCCAGAGUGUUGGAAACGAGAUAGCAGGUCGAGUAGAUCGAGUAGCAUACCGAUCAUACCAUAA